AUGCGCACCGCCUUGCAGCUCUCUCAUCGUUUGCGCUUGCCCGUCGCACGUCUUGCUCGUUUGCAUUCCACUGCGCCUGCUUCACUUGCUGCAUCAUGGGACCGUCCCUUCCCCUCGAUUCUAAUUACCGCUGAGGGAGUGUCUGCCCAGGGCUCAUUUGCUGAGGCGCAAGUUAAUUACUUGAAGCCUGAUAUGCAAGUAGUUGAGGAACUGGAUGCGCUGCUACACGAGAAGAAGAUGGGAAUUGUCGCGCACUUUUACAUGGACCCGGAGCUCCAGGGAAUCCUAUCGUCGUUAUCCUGGCCGCACACAUUCAUUGCCGACUCGUUGGCAAUGGGAGAAGCUGCAGCAAAGAUGGUCAAGGAGGGUGUCCAGUCGGUGGCUGUGCUAGGUGUUGAUUUUAUGUCGGAGAGUGUGCGUGCAAACUUGGACUCGAAUAAUUUUGAGCACAUCCCGGUGUAUCGUCUGGCAGAGCAGAAGAUUGGCUGCAGCUUGGCUGAGUCGGCUGAAAAGCAGGCGUAUCUCGCGUAUUUGCAAAAGGCUGCCAAGAUGUCUAAUAGCUUACACAUUGUGUACAUUAACACGUCGCUGCGUAGCAAGGCUUUUGCUCAUGAUUUGGUGCCGACGAUUACUUGCACGUCCUCGAACGUGGUGCAGACGGUAUUGCAGGCGUUUGCACAGGUUCCAGACAUUAAUGUUUGGUAUGGACCCGACACGUACAUGGGUGAGAACUUGCAGCAAAUGUUUGAACACAUUGCGCAGCUUCCGGAUGAAAAGAUCUUUCAAAUUCAUCCGCAACACAACCAGAGGACCAUUGCUCAGUUGCUCACGCGGUUCGACUAUUUUAAAGAAGGUAACUGCGUCGUGCACCAUAUGUUUGGAGACAAGGUGUCACAACGUGUUCGUGACGAAUAUGGCUAUGCCUAUUACACGGCUCACUUUGAAGUGCCUGGUGAAAUGUUUACGCUGGCGAUGGAGGCGCAGAAUAAGGGUCGUGGUGUUGUUGGCUCUACGUCAAACAUCCUCAACUUCAUUAAGGCCAAGACGGUGGAGGCACUGAAAAAUCAGUCUGUUGAAAAGCUUAGUUUCGUGCUAGGAACAGAGGCUGGUAUGAUCACAGCUAUCGUGCGAGGCGUACAGGAGCUGCUGAAUGUGCGACAAGGUGGUGUGAAGCCAGAGGUUGAAAUCAUUUUCCCCGUGUCGGCAGAUGCUGUUGCUAAGGAAGGUGAUGAGCUGGUUCCUGGUGUUGCUGGUGGUGAAGGAUGCUCCUCUGCGGGUGGCUGUGCCACGUGCCCGUUUAUGAAAAUGAACGACAUCGAUGCUUUGUUUCGCGUGGUCGAAGGCGUGUCUGCGAGCUCGAACGGUUCCGAUACUUUGGCAAAGUUUCAUCCACAGAAAUACAGCGAGCUCAUCCGGGGAAAGACCGUUACGGACGUUGGCGUGCAACCUAUUUUGCAUAUGAAAUCUUUUAUGGAUGGACAGAAGUUUUCGGACUCGCUGGUAAAAGAUAUUCAAUUGCGGGUACCUGGUGCAGGUUGUCCUGAGCAACCGUAG